GCGGACUCUCCGCUGUCACGUUCUGAAGGAGAUGACUGCUCUGAUCUCCACGAUGAGUUUCAAGGGGCUCUUGAGACAAAGCAGCCACGACAGUUGCAUCCCGGACGGCUCUUUGCGGAAUAAAGGAAGCCUGUGGCACAGACGGUCUCUCGGCCGGGAGAGUAACAGCAAGCACCAGCAGAACCUGCUGUCAAGCCUCGGGACUCUACCAAGAGUACAGAAGCAGUUUGCCCGCUCUCGAUCCAACUCCCUUGUGGAUUACACUGACCCUCAAAGGACAACUGUUGUGCUAGAAAAGCAAGACAAUGAAACAUUUGGAUUUGACGUUCAGACAUAUGGUCUGCAGAACAAGGACAGCAACACAGUGGAGAUGUGCACGUUCGUCUGCAAGGUGCAAGAGGACAGCCCGGCCGAAAGGGCAGGCCUAACCACUGGUGACGUCAUCGUCAGGAUAAGCGGCAUCUGCAUCGAGGGCUCCGCUCACCAGCACAUUGUUGACCUGAUUCGAGAGUCCACCAAUUUAUUAAAAAUGGAAACAGUGAGUGGGACAGUGGUGAAGAGGAUCGAACUGGAGAAGAAACUCAGGCUGCUCAAGGAAAGUCUGAGAGCAAAAUGGGUGGAGUUGCAGAAGUUAACAUUACAAGAGCAGCGCCUUAUUUGCGGCAACAUGAACGACAUUUCACCCCGCCCCUCCCUGGACUCCCCCAUGUCCCUGGCGUCCCCCAUGGGGUGGCCCGGUCACCGCUUCUCCAGCGACAGCAGCUGCCGCAGCGUGGGGACGGAGGAUGGCGAGGACGGGGGCGCCCCCCUGCCCCCCGUGUUCGAGGACCUGAGCCCCUUCAGCCCGUGCCCCCUGUCCGGUGCCGACGGUGGCGGCUGCUUCUUCAGCCAGGACUUCCUCCCGGAGGCCCACCCCCCUCUCGGCCGCUCCCGCAGCACCAGCCUGACCAGCAGCGGCGGCACUCUCUCCCCCACCCGGGACCUCGCGGCCGCCCUCUCCCCGUUUGGGACCCUGCCCAGGAAGAGCCGACGGGGCAGCGUCAGGAAACACAUCAUGAAGUUCAUCCCGGGGCUGAACCACUCGGUCGAGGAGGAGGAGAACGGCUGAGGUGUGAAUGGACACUUCCUGUGUCACACUUCCUGUGUGAUUGUUUUUUUUUGUCAUACAGAGAUAUAAUUCAUUCAGUUCAGGGUGUAGCAGCAGGUGAGCAUUUUUGGCAUGAGAUGUCAUGCGUGUAUUUGACUAACUUUACAUACAGUGGAAUCAUACUUCCUGUUGCAGUUUAUAUGGUUGAAAAACUUGGAGUACGUAUGUCAGACACUGCUCUCUGUUUGUGUCAUAUCUUUAAAGCCGUAGCAAUCCACAUUCACAGCCAAACAACAAUCAUUGCCAAUCAUUUUAAUAUCUCAUGAAACACACAUCAAAGCAUUAAAUCAUAAGCAUUACGGUUGUAAUUUAUUGGUUGAAUGACUUCAUUGAUUCUUGUAUCCUUAUUCAUGAAUAAGUACUACAUGCACUAUAUGGACAAAAGUAUUCGGAUGUCUUUAUAGUCCU